AUUAAAUACUGGCACUACUGUCUUUCGCUUAAAUACUUUUCUUUUUACAUUAGUUGCACGUUUCUUACGUAAUUGACGCUAGCUGUUUACCUUUGUUUUUAAAAACAGUGUAUAUUAUUUAUUAUAACAGUUAUGACGUGUACUAUCUACCAGUUCGGUAUUUCAAUACAUUGAGCAGAUCAUCCAUCAGAAAUCACGUUACAAGUGAUAUGCAAAAGUCUCUUUCGCUCAUGGCUCCAAUCUGGACUGAUGUUCGAGCUGUUUUGCCCUCGACAGCGUCUGAAUUCCCUCUUCACUUCAGCGAAAAGAUUGAAUUGAGUGUGUUGAAGGUUCUGGAGCUGGCCAGAGAUCAGCUGUACAGUGAAGCAGAUGGCCCAGCUUCUGCUGAAAGAGCUCAGCUCAUCAUCGAUUACUCCUGGGAGAAGCUCAACACUGGGACAUGGAGAGAUGUGGACAAGGACUGGAGGAGAGUUUACUCUUAUGGCUGCUUAUUCAAAGUCUUAAGUUUGUGUCAUGGAAAUCCAUCUCAACAUUAUAUCCAAGAGGCCAUUAAAACAUGUGACAUGGGUCUGUUAAUGGGGGCAGUCAUUAUGGACAACAUUCUGCAGAGGCUUGUUGGUGUCUUAAGAAAUAAAAUGAAAAUGAAGAGUCCAAACCAAGCUCACAGGAGUGAGGAACCCUGUUCAAAGAAAAUGAAACUGGACUGUGUCUCCGAGCCUGUAAUAAACCCUGCACAAGCAGUGCCUAGGAUUCAUUGUCCAUCCCUGGAGCGCUUCAGAUCAGAUUUCCUGGAUCCUCAGAAGCCUGUGAUUAUAGAGGGAAUAACUGACCACUGGCCAGCCUUCGCAGAGCAUCCAUGGAGCAUAGACUACUUACGAACUGUCGCUGGCUGCCGGACGGUGCCUAUUGAAGUGGGAUCCAAGUACACUGAUGAAGAGUGGUCACAAAAGCUCAUAACAGUGAAUGACUUCAUAGACCGCUACAUUAUAGGAACAGCGGAGGAUGGAGUGGGAUAUCUGGCUCAGCAUCAGUUGUUUGAACAGGUUCCAGAGCUGAAAGAAGAUAUUCGCAUCCCAGACUAUUGUUGUCUUGGAGAGGGAGAUGAGGAUGACAUUACAAUUAAUGCCUGGUUCGGGCCUGGAGGGACUGUGUCUCCUCUCCAUCAGGAUCCUCAACAGAAUUUUUUGGCACAGGUGGUUGGAAGGAAAUACAUCCGACUCUACAGCCCAGAUGAAACAAAAAAUCUCUAUCCACAUCAGACGCAGCUACUGCACAACACCAGUCAGGUGGAAGUGGAGAAUGCAGACCUGGAGAAGUUCCCAGACUUCUCUAAAGCCUCAUAUCAGGAGUGUGUUCUCCAGCCCAGAGAUGUCCUCUUCAUCCCUCUACAGCACUGGCAUUAUGUGCGCUCUCUAGAGCUCAGCUUUUCUGUCAGUUUUUGGUGGUCCUAAUUUGUAGAGAAUAAAACGACAUGCCCCAGUGUGUGCGGUCAAGUCUUAUAACAUUGUCUUUAUUUGCACACAUGCCAAAUAUGUUAUCAGUUGUAGGCUGAAUGUUAUAUAAUAAAUGUAUUAUUUAUUGUAACUGGAGUUAUCAUUCAAUAUUUCCGUCUUUGCUUUUCAUUAAAUAUUUACAUAUUCAUAUAACUCUUAAGUCAUAGAAUAAAAUACUUCAUUCACUUAUAGGAGAUCAUCUUACCUUAGUAUAAAUUUUAAUAAUUGUACAUUUUGCUAUAUCAACUAGAGCAAAUGUUUUGGUUUAUUUCCAAUAAUUAGACAUUGGCUGAUGCAUCAUUCAUAUUCAAGCUAUAUAUUUAACAGUACAUGUAUAAUUUCCAUUUGCAGUAAUGGUCUUGGUUUGCUUGUAUCAUUCACCUCCAGUUCAGCUACAGGAACAGUAUAUAGGGAACUAAAUGAAAUGGUUAACCACAUUUAGUUGCAACAUUUUGAAAGUUGAUGAUAAUGUUAUUUCUUUUUUAAAUAGAUUUUCCUUAAAA